CAUGUGGGGUAGGAUUUGUGGGUGGGGCUUCUCUGCUCCUGGCCAAUAAGUUGUAGUAUGUAUGUAUGUGUAUGUAUGUAUGUAUGUAUGUAUGUAUGUAUAUGUGUGUGUGUGCUCAUGUUAGUUUGCUGACAGGAGUUUGAACCAGUCUCUAGUUCUAACUGUAGAACUUGUGGCUGGUCCCUGUCUCUGACUGACAGCAACUGUGCAGCUCUGAUUGCUAGUCGCGCAUUAGCAUGCCUGUGGUCAGCAGGUACAACACUCUUAAAGGGUCAUUCUCACGAACUCAUGCAGUCAAAUGUCCAAGCCCAGUAUAUUGAAAAAAAUUACAAAACAUCCUUUUCUUUUUAUGAUGAUUGGUUUGCCUGUGAGGUUUCAUGGGCUGUGGAAGUCUUUUGGGGCUGCAGACACAUUUUACAAUAUUCUCACUCACAAUCACAUUACUGUAACAUGUUACGGUAUUUUUGUACUGCAUUGCUUACAGCUUUUCAAUCAAAAUUUAACAUAAAUAAAAUAACACAUUUUGAUUUCCUACAAUAAACAUCAGGGGAGUGUUGGGGGGGGGGGGGGGCUGAGGGUGCCUGACCACGUCCAUUUUUGCAGAAUAAUCGAAAGUGCACCCCUUUUGAGGUCCAUGGGGCCCCUUUUUGGUCACCAACGUGCAUGCAGAAUUCACUGAGUGUCCCGUUUUUAGUCACAAAAUUCAUUUUGCAAUGUUUAAUCUUUGCCAAAAACCUGUCAAUACUAUAUUAAUGCUGUCAAGUGUUUUUUCUUCCCAUAAUGAAGAAGAAUAGAUUACACAGAAGAUCUCUCUGCUCAAACUUUAUGAAUGUUUUUCAGUUUGAACCUAAGUUUGGAAAUCAUUACUGCAACAAGUGAAUAUUAUGUUGAUAUUAUAAGUUAUUGAUAAGAAAUUUUAUAAGGAUGAGAAAUUUGGUAACAUUUACAGAUGAGUUUUUUUAAGGUCAUUGUCGCUGUAUUCAAUAUUUCCAAAAGUGGUUAAAGGCAGCUCAGUAUUGCAACAGUUAUUUCUCAGUAAUGCUUACAAUUGAAAUUGAAAUUGUACAUCUGAAUGUGGUUCCAGUCAAUUGUGUAUCUAAUUGAUUUGCUUUCAACAGGGUCAGUUGAGAACAUGAAAGGCAAAAUAUAAGUUGCCGAGAAAAUACAGCGAAAUAUAUGGAACAGAACGAGCAUUUCGCAGCCUUACCCCACUGCGUAGCAGCGGAGGCCAAUUUGCAGAAUUCACAACGAUCAAGCAAACACCACACAACCAUGGCAGCAAAUAAGCAAUCAUAUCUAAACUAAGGGACCAAGUAGAAUAAAAUACCAUGCUGCAAUGUUCAUCACCUUUACUGUUUCCAGUCGUCCUCGUUAAUGCACAAUUCAUUACGGGAACACAUCAGUUUUCUCUAAGUUAUAGAAUUAGUUUGAAGACCGGCUCCCAUUGUACUUCUUCAUUGCCAACAAAAGUGUUUCAUGAAAUCCGGGGCAAGAGGUAAAAAAAUGCCCAAACUAAGAAAGGUUGAGCAAAAAAUGUAUCAUAAUAAUAUCUUAUACAAACUGUUUAAGGUGGGUUAUAUGCAAUGAAGUUGAAAGAUUUAAAAACAUUUUAUGGGCUUUAGUUUUAUUUGAUCUGAAACCUUUUGCAGCUAUCAGAUUUUUGGGGAAAAUGGUUAAAAAAAUAAUGAAAAUGGAGCAACAAAUUAUAUAAUUUUAAUAUCCCUAAAAGGUUAAGGUGAUUGGCUGUAUUUCACUGUGAAGUGUGUGUUGUUUUAUUUUCCUUCCCCAAAAAAAUGUCACCUUCGUGAAAAUGACCCUAAAGUGUAACCCUAGCCUCUUCUGGCUCUCUGCCUCCUGUCUAUGUCAAAGACAGCUGGGUUUCUAGCCUCAGGACAUGACUGGCCAGACUGGGGAAAAGGGCGGGGAAAAGGGCGGGAAAAAGGCCGGGGAAACAGCCAAUUGGAACCCGUGUGAGGGAGCUCGUUGUUGGGAAGGAUGCUCUGUUGUCAUUUUUGUUUAUUCUUUUGUUUAUUCUUUUCUGACAUCUUCAAGGUCGUUUUUUUUCCUCCUUUUCCUUAACCCGUAGAUCUUUUUGUUUUCAGUGCAUAUUAGCACAUCACACAUCUUUCUUUAUUGGUGCAUUUAUAACUUUACCUUUUCCUUAUUCUUUUGCUACAAGCGCUAAUGCGAAAUCCUUUAGCCUUCUUUUCUAAUCACUGGUGUUCUUAUCUUUGAAGGUCGUCAGGCGCUUCCAAUCUAUCGACCUUACCAAAGAUCUCCCCCUCGUCUCUCACAAACAAUUAUAACAGCUUCAACGACAGGAAGUAAGCGUCUCUGGGUGUGGUGUGACUCGCGGCGGGCAGCCUGGCCCGCGCCGUCGCUGCAUGCGUGAAGAAUUCCAACUACUGCCUGCCGUCGUACCCGCCAUACGCCAGCUAUGAGUAUCCGGACCAGAGCCGGUCCAGUGAGCGUCCCGGCCUGUGCGGGCUCUGCAACCUGGGUAACACCUGCUUCAUGAACUCCGCUGUCCAGUGCUUGAGCAACAUCCCCCCGCUGACCGACUACUUCCUGAAGGACAAGUACCAGGAGGAGCUGAACAUGGAAAACCCUUUGGGCAUGAGGGGGGAGAUCGCCAAGGUCUACGCUGAGUUAAUCAAGCAGGUUUGGUCCGGGAAGUACAGCUACGUGACACCGAGGCCUUUCAAGACACAGGUGGGCCGCUUCGCCCCCCAGUUCUCCGGAUACCAGCAGCAGGAUUCCCACGAGCUUCUGGCCUUCCUGCUGGACGGGCUACACGAGGACCUGAACAGGAUUAGGAAGAAGCCGUACAUCCCCCUGAAGGACGCCGACGGCAGGGCGGACGAGGUCGUCGCACUGGAGGCCUGGGAGAACCACAUAAAGAGGAACGACUCCAUCAUCGUGGACAUAUUCCACGGCCUCUUCAAGUCCACGCUCGUCUGCCCCGUGUGUUCGAAGGUCUCCGUGACCUUCGACCCCUUCUGCUACCUGACACUACCAUUGCCCAUGAAGAAGGAACGUGCACUAGAGGUCUACCUCGUGCGACUGGACCCCCUCGCCAAACCCACGCAGUACAAGCUCACUGUGCCCAAGGUGGGCUGCAUAUCUGACCUCUGCAACUCUCUCUCCCUGCUUUCUGGUCUGCCUGCUGACAAGAUGAUCGUGACGGACAUAUACAACCAUCGAUUCCACCGGAUAUUUGCUUCCAACGAGAACCUGAGCAGCAUCAUGGAACGUGAUGACAUUUACGUCUUCGAGGUUGCUGUCCGCCGGAUGGAGGACACGGAGCAUGCGGUCAUCCCAGUCCUCCUGCGGGAGAAGUACAAGCAGUCAGGCUACAACCACACCAGCACCCCGCUGUUUGGCCAGCCCUUCCUCAUCACCGUGCCUCGCAGCAUCAGCGAGGAGAAGCUCUACAACAUGCUGAUGCUUCGGAUGUGUCGGUAUGUUCGCUCCACCCCCUUUCAAGAGGAGUCCGAGGAUACAUGCAGCUCCAAGGAGCACGGGAUUAACGGCAAUGUCUCCAACGGCCUCGCGGAGGAAGGCUCUCCUAGCGAGAUGGAGACAGACGAACAGGACGACGAGUCCAGUCAGGACCAGGAACUGCCAUCGGAAAAUGACAACAGCCAAUCAGAAGAGUCUGUGGGAGGGGACAACGAUCUGGAGAAUGGCAUUGGUCCUGAGCAGACGACGAAAGGCCACCAGUCAGAGGGCCAACGGAAGCGGCUUUUCACAUUCCAGUUUAACAACAUGGGCAAGAUGGACUUCAGCUACAUCAAGGAGGAGCCCCGACAGAUCCGGUUUGACGAAGGAAACCUGAGGCUCAGCGAUAGAUCCUAUCUUUCCUUGGACUGGGAACCCGAGCUGAAAAAGAAAUUUUUUGACGAGAGGGCGGCAGAGGAUUUCGAGAAGCACGAAAGCAUGGAGUACAAACCGCAGAAGAAAGCCAGCUGCAAACUGAAGGACUGCAUCGAGCUGUUCACCACCAAGGAGAAGCUGGGUGCUGAAGACCCCUGGUACUGUCCCAACUGCAAGCAACACCAACAGGCCACGAAGAAGCUGGAUCUGUGGUCCCUCCCCCCGGUCCUGGUGGUGCAUCUCAAGCGCUUCUCCUACAGCCGCUACAUGCGGGACAAGCUGGACUCGCUGGUGGAUUUCCCCCUGAGUGAUCUGGACAUGUCGGAGUUCCUUAUAAACCCCAACGCUGGCCUGUGUCAAUACGACCUGAUCGCAGUUUCCAACCACUACGGAGGAAUGGGAGGUGGACACUAUACCGCAUUUGCGAAGAACAAGGACGACCACAAGUGGUAUUACUUCGAUGACAGUAGCGUUUCUCCUGCCAACGAGGACCAGAUCGUGUCGAAGGCAGCGUAUGUGCUCUUCUACCAGCGGCGGGACACAGUCAGCGGCACCGGGUACUUUGCUCUGGACCGGGAGGCCCAGGAAGCCCCUUCCUCCCAGGGAACAGCGGCGGCCACAGCACAGAGCAACGAGGACCUGAACGAGAACGACGCGGACGUGCAGGAGCCCGGCUGUGACAUGACCAUGAGCACCAACUGAGGCGGAAGGCGGCGCACGGCCACCUUCGGCGCCAUUGCCAUGGCCAGCAGGGCGGAAAUGCUCCCCUCCCCCACGUAGCUCCAAGAAUAAAGACACGGGGGCAUCUUUCCGGUGGGGAUGAAAAUGGGGGGGGGGAAACUGUACACAAGAAUCCAACAAAGGAAAUUGCUAAGCAAUCAAGCCUGUUUAGGCUCCACCCUAAUUAAUUUCCUCAGCGUUCAGAAUGUAUAGAUCUACCCCCACCCAUCACCACUCAAAGCUAUAUUAUUAUUAUUAUUAAUUAUGUUCUCAAUAGGAUGGGGGGGGGCAAUAAAUCCUACUGACAGUAUUUGCAACCAUACAGAGCUUGCUUUAAACCCAGAAGAUUGUCAGCAACUUGUGCUUUUUUUGUGUUAAACUUCUUGAUGCGUUUGCAUAUCAGUUUUUCGCCUUGUAAAUACUUUAAAUGCGCACUGAGUCUAGGUUUUCAAAGAUAUGGUGAAGCUGCUGGACUGUUACGUUUGGUAUCCCCCAUCCCCCACCCCCCGCCACUCUGUUUUAUAGGUAGAGUUUGUGCCACUUGUACUGAAGGCCACUCACAGGCUCUUACACACUUAAAAAGAACCAGUUCUGCUGAAGCAUCUCCUCCGUGGAGUUGCACUGAAUCCUGGCAGGCAUUAAGGGGUAAUGCUCUUUUUCUGAUAGCAGUCCAUCCACAGUGUUUAUUUUUCGAAUGCUGCUCUGAGAUUUAAUUUGAUCCACCACAGUUUCCCUGUCUGGUCCUCAGGGACCCGCAGACAGUCUGCAUUUUUGCUCCCUCCCUCCGAGUAUGUAGCAGGAGGGGAGCAAAUAUGUGAGCUGUCUGUCAGGAGGCUGGGAGGGAGUAGCUGCUGUACCAGAUAGGUCGAUAUAGACAUAAGCCUUAUACGUAACAUGCUCCUUUUCACCCCUCUAUUCGAGAACGUGGCUGAGUAUGUUACCUGGCCUUUCUCUGGGUCUGAGUGUGCUGAGCUUUUUUUUUUUGAAAGGGAGCCACUAGCCACGCCCACUCGGGCACCCAGGCUUCUCCAGAUUAUGAACGUCCGGCGAGGUCCAUGAAGUGUCGUCACCCACACUUCUGACAGAUCACCGCAGCCUUACGUCAGUCUCAGACUAAACCUUGGUUUCCUCUGGUUCCCCUCCCUCCUGCAUGACCCGGUGCUGAGCAGGGUGGCUCGGUCAGCUUGGGGCCAAGCCUUUACGCACAGAUCGGAGGGCCAAGAUGUCGCGGCAGUGUGCGAGGUCUCAGCCGCCAAUGCCCAUUUCCUACGUAUGUCCAGGGUCCCCUUCUCCCAGUCGCCCUCCCCCGCCUCCUGUCCUUAGCUCUGAUAGCGGAACUUCAUUGCCUUUAACAUCAGCCACGUGAAUGCUGGAGGUACAGCGUAUGUACUUUAUACCUGGGGCCCGAAAGAAGGGAGUUACCAUAUUAAUCUGAAUGAGACAUAUAAAUUCAUUAGACUAUAAAUACUGUACAUAAGAGUUCACUCUGUGAGUGCACAUUUGGUAAAUUUAUUUAUUUAUAUGUUGGCAUUAUCACAAUAAGUGUAUCUGAUAUCCAGGAAGUCGGCAACCUGCGGACUCGGUGAUGUCCUGCAGCUAGGAGGUGCUGUCGGGGAGCCUUCCGGGUUCUGUGUUUUAAGGAAGCCUUUUAAUUUGGGGUUUAUGUAAAGUUAAUAUGGACAGCCCGCAUGACAGGCGUUUUCAAUGUUGGCUGCACUUGAGUUCACUUGGUUUACAUUUGAGAUGUGCAUGUGUAUUUAUAUAUAAACUUAAAUAAAGCUGAGCAAAGCCUUAAA